AUACCCAUUCCAUGUGCAGAGCAAUACGAAUUGCAAAACAUCUCACAUAUAUUCGCUGUAAUUUGAAUUGGGUGAAGUGUCAUCAAAUCACAACACUAGCAAAUCAUUUUGGAAAUACUUGUUUAUUGGAAAUUUGUUUUUUUUUUGUUUCUGUUUCUACUUGUACUCGCGCCAAGGCGCACAGUCAUGCGAACGAAUCAAGUGCAUUUUCUGUGGUUUUCAAAUGUGUGUGCGUCGGUGAUAAUUAAGUAAUUCAGUGACGUAUUCUUGCAGUAUGUGUUUGGUGUGUGGUUGUUGUUUCUUUUUUUGUGUAUCGCAUUCUCACAUGACCUGCUUGUUAAAAUAGACAAUGCUAGGCUUUUGUUGUUGCUAGUUUACCGAUCGUGUGUUGAGAAAAAAAAAAUAGUAAGACCAGCCAGAGAGGCGUGUAGUGGACAAGUGCGAAAAUUGUGCUCGAAUUGAAUGGCAUGUAUUUCGUCACAAAUUGUGCUUUAUUUAUGUCUCGUGAUCCCAAGUCAUACAACAAAUCAACCAACCAGACUUCCUUUAACUGAGCUGAACUGAAUUGAUUUGUUGUUCAAGCGUAGUUGCUCAUUGGCAGUUUUAUGCCAAAAUAAAAGGAAAAAAAACGGCCACAUAAACAAUAUUGUAUUUAAUUGUAGUGAGAGUAAGCUUAACCGGAAUCGCAUGCUCAACGAAUUGCGUGAUUGUGCCAACGAUUGUGUAUAAAUAGUGGCAAUAUUUAAGGAAACCGACCAUGGAGUAAGCACCGAUAAACAAAUGAACCGGUCGCGUAAUCCAAACAGUACCAAAGUGAAUGGUUGCGGUGGCAAUAAAUAGCGUUACAAUAAACACUUGAUUUUCGGUUUAUCAGGACAUCAGGAUACUGUUCAAUGAGCGUGCCAAAGAUGGAUUUCGUUGACACCGAUUCUGUUGACGAUCAACUUGACGCCGGUAUAGAUAUCAUUGAUGAUAAAGGAAUUGUUGUGAGAGAAUCGCCAAAUGCCGAGUAUAUGUUAUCGGGGAGUGAGGACAAUAUUGUUGCCUAUCGCAUAUUACAAUUGUCCGAUGAUUCACCGAAAAGCAAUCAAACCAUUCAUACGACAUCGGCGACGGUAAAUAAUUCAGUCACGACAACCGUACCACAGCAGCUGCAAUACAUUGUGAUUGACAGUUCAAAUGGAUUUUUGCAAGCCGUUCCAACCACUCAAAUCACCGCCGUACCAUCGACAACAAUCAAAGUUGAACCACAAACGACCAGCAACAGCAGUAGUUCAAAUUCAUUGAAAAUGCGUACAUCGGUCGCAAUCGCACCGAAAAUCGACUAUCUACCAUCAACGCCGUACAGCAGCAAUACAACAAACAAUAGCACCGUUUCAUCUAAGUCAAAUACAAGUGUCAUCGAUCCGUUGAAUUCGUUUAAGAAGCGAGACGAUCGACGACGAGCCACCCACAAUGAGGUGGAACGAAGACGACGAGACAAAAUCAAUCAUUGGAUCAUGAAACUGGGUGCAAUUAUACCAGCCGAUGGAACUUCAGUUGAGAUCGGUGAUAGCGGUCGAUUGAGCAUAGCUGCAAUUGAAGGCCAAUCAAAGGGUGGAAUUUUAUCGAAAGCCUGUGAAUAUGUGCAAAUGCUUCAAGAGAAAAAAAGCACUCGAAGCAAAAAUGCAUCACAAUCAGCCGACAGCCGAACAAUAGUCGAAAAAAAGAAGUACGAGGACGAAAUAGCCCGUUUGCGUGGAGAAAAUGAACUACUGAAAGCGAUCCUCAUUAAAAAUGGCAUCAAUUAUGUAAAGGAACGAACAUCGUUUAAAUCCAAUGAAUAUUCGUAGCUUUGGAAUAAAAACUUGAGUCCAUUAAACACAUGAUACACCACACAAAGUAUACAUUUACAUAUAGCAUGUGAAAAAGCAAACAAAAAGGCUUGUAUUGAAGGUUAAACACUCGACACAAUAAAUAAUGAAGACGGGAAUCGAUCCCAUGUGCCAUUUUAAUCGGAACGGGACACAUUGAACAAAGAGAAAAUCCAUGUUAGAAUCAAUGAUAAUAAUUGAAUUAUGCAAAUUUUGAGUUAUUUGUUUCCUUGCAAAAAAUAGAACAGAAAUUGAAAUGAAAUAAAUGUAUAGUUUUAUGUGGAGCAAAUUGUAUCUCAUUUCAGCCAAUGCUGAAGAUCUCCAUAUAUGCACACGUAAUAUUAUUAUUAUACAUCGAAUUCCCUUCCAAAAAAGGACAUCGAACUACUAUUACCUUAACUCGAAAUGCUGUUAGAUAUUGCAAUGAAGUGUAGCUAAAUUCAUAAUUGUUUGUAAAGCAAAUGUGGCAACUGAAACACAUUAAUCGGCACACAUUUAAAAUGGAGUUGAAUUUUGUUUAAUUUUAUGUGUAAAUAUCUGUAAGAAGUUAACUUGUUAUCACAUCAAAUAAAAAAUAGAAAUAUUCGAAGAAAGAAAUAAAAUUUGAUUGAAACAA